AUGACACUUCGAAAAGUUCAAUGGGCUGAUGAAGAGCCAUCAACUUCUGAAGAAAAUCGAGAAAAAUCGGCGAAAACGAAUAUUUAUCGAAUUCCAAAAGGGUCGAAUGAUAAUGGAAUGAAAUCUCGAACUCGACAAUUGGUUUAUGUCAAAUCGUAUUCGGAUUAUUAUGCUGAUCAUAUUGGUAAGUCUCGGGGCCUGAGUUAGCCUAACUUAGUUCAAUUUUUCAAAUAUUUUUCAAUUUUUCCGAAAUCCCUCCCCAAAAAACUCACCAAUCGCUUCUAUUUCUCAAAACAUCGAAAAAAUCAUCGAAAAUCCUGAAUCCUCCAAGUUUUCCACUUGCCCUUCAUUAUUUCGAGCUGAAAAUCAGAAAAUUUGAAUUUUUCAUGUACCAUUCGAGUUCUCCUAACUCAAUUUCUCUGUUUCUAUAGAUUUCUUCUGGGUCUCACAACAAUUUCACAGCUAUUUUUCAGAAAUCUUACAUAAACUCAAAAAUUUCAGUGUUUCUCUAGAAAAAACCCACCUUUCUUCAAUAAUCCUCGGAUUUUCCGUUGGAAGCGAAAAAAAUUCCAGCCAACAUCUAAAAAUUAAUUUUUGACUGACAUCCACUGAUUUUCCCCGGAAACCUGAAAACCCAGCGAAAAAAAAACGAAAAAUGACAAAAAAUAUUCUCGUGUUGCGCUAAACAGCGGGCAAGCCGGAGUGUCGUUGUAAAUUCAAUUAAUUUUCUAUUUUUGUGUAAAAUCUUUGAAAGCCUAAAAGUUAGCCUCUGAGCCUAGAUUUUCAAAGCCUAAGUUUCAGAUAAAGCCUAAAACUUUAAAACUUUAGACUACAUUUGCAGAAUCCAAUUUCGAGCAAAAGCCUGAAGCCUAGGCUUUAUAGUCUAAUCCAAAAAUUCAAAGCCCAGGCCCAAAAUUCAAGGGAAAAGCCUAAAGCUCACUGAAAUUCAGGAGUAAGCCUGAAAUCCGGGUUGCAAGCCCUCUAGGCUUCAAAUUUAGGAAAAAUACCUUUAAACCUAAGUUUAGUGCCUAUUUUUCCCAAAAACUGAAUAAUUUCCGAUCCUAAAAUUCAAAUCCUCAAUUUUCAGAAUCAAUCCUUCCCACCUCCUCAUCCAACCAAAAAUCCUCCAAACCCACAAAAUCUCCUCCGAAACUCGAGAAGAAUUUGUCGAUUGUUGUUGAAGAUAAUGAAGAGGAAGAAGCUGAAGCUGAAGAGACAAAUGAGCAAGAAAAUCGACGAAAUUAUUAA